AUGCACGUGUGCCCCUGUCCGGGCCAGCCUGGGCCUUCGGGGCUCCGCUCGCCUGGGCCAUCUCGCUCGCAGCCCGCACGGCUCAGCAAAGCCCCGGCGCAGGGGAGCGGGGCCGCAGCGCUCGGGGCGGAUUCGAAGGUGGUGGGGAGCGACUUCCCCGUCCCGCAAAACGAGGCCUCCUACAGCCGAGUAAAUCCUCCCGGUCGCGGAGGCAUCCCCGUGCUCAGCUCCGCCGUCCGCUUAGCGCUCGGAAAUCAGGAAGGCAAACAUUAUCUGAGCAGAACGGCAAUAAUAACGUUAAGCGCUCGUUUUAUCACUCGCAUCAGAACCCCUCGCGCACAACUUUCAGAGCUGAGAGCCGCAGCGCUGCAAUUAAGGCUCCGGCGCACGGAACUCCCCCGCUCUCCCUCCGACAGACCCCAACACCUGGCUGCUGACGGAUUGCAGCGAGCGGAGUCGGAGGUGCAGCUGUUAGAAAGCUGUAAUUGCGGAGUACGUGCGGAGAAGCGGCGGUGCUUUUUGAUCGCCGUAACGGCACCGGGCUCGCACGCCCCGCUGGAGCCGCAGUGGCCCUUUUCCCGACUGGCGGGUGGCGGAGGGCCCGGGGCCGGGCUGUGGCUGGGUUGGGGUUGGGGUUGGGGUUGGGGCCGGGUUGGGGCCGCGCCGCUCGGCUGCCCGCCGGCUCCUGCCGCCUCCCGGCUCCGCUCGCGGCCGAUGCGUUUUAUCAGUGAAGUUUGCUCGGUGCGGUUAACGACGCUGCCCUUCUCUCCUUUCCCCGAACUCAUCAGUUCACAACGAGAGCUCGUUCUACAUUCCCCAGACCGGCGCUACGCGCUGCUCCUUUUCCCAUUUAAGGGGAGGGGGGGAGGGAACCACCGCUUGAUGAAAGCGCCGAGCCGCUCCGUGCCGGUGGCGGAGCCGUGUCCCCAAAGAGCCGCCCAGCACCCGCCGAGCCCGGUGCGGCCCCGCUCCGAGCCGAGCCGGGCCGGGCCGGGCCGGGCGAGCGCCGGCCCUUCGUUAGCCGCCCGCUCUUCUCCGCUCUGCACGUUAACGCUAACUUGCACCAAUUAUCAGGACUUGACGAUCAUUUGUACUGCGGUACGAACUGAAGAAAGAAAUUGAAAAUAACCGGGUGAGAUCAAAUAGCGCUUCCCAAUUACUUCGGAACUUCUCACUUAGAAAAGGAGAUGAAUGGUUACGCGUUACACUGUAAAAAGCUUUCGGAUAAUCUUCUUACUCUUUUACCAACAGUGCUGCCUUCCCCGCGUCUCUUCCUAAAGAAAGAACGCCGCCUGUUAAUUGAAGCUCGCAUCGAAAAGAAAACGGUUUUCACAGUAAAAUGCUCUUUUGAGAGGGAAAAAAAAAGUUCAUUUUCCUCGGGAAGGGGCAGAGAUGUGAGCGAGCCUCAGCCUGCCCGCUCCGUGCCACCGACCCUACUGAAGGGGGGAAAAAAGGUGUAAAAAAAGAAUAAUAAAAAUAACCUUUCCGUC